GGGUUUGAGUCUAUGUUGGGGAGGCUAAGUCCAUUGAGACUCUUCUCCAGCGCGCCUCAAUCGAGAGAGCCGUCUCCUCAGCCGUCAGAGCAAAGAAGUCCAUCUGCUGCAAGCAAAGACUCCCAGCAGGGGUCUCCGAGCAGACCCUCCUCUCCCAGAAGAGAGGACUCGCAAGCAGAGCGACAGCUUUCAGGCGAGACGCGACCCGGCUCGGGGACUGGAUCAGUUGAACUCCUGCCAGAUACAGGGAGCGGAUCGAUUGAGCUGUCACUAGACACUGGGUCGGUCGAACUGCUUCCAGAGACUGAGUCAUCCGGGGAGCUACCUGAUACUCUGCAACGAGGAGCAUCCCCAGCAUCUGAACCAAAGCGUGAGGGCAGUUCAGAGGAAACCGGAUUCUUCAGUCCUUUUAAGAAAUCCCUCUCCUCCCUCAUAUCAGCGGUUCCUCCAGAAAGUCCCUCGCAGAGUGACACCAAGCCUGCAGAAGAGUCCUUUUUAGGCGGCAAACUCAAACUCCCGUUCUUCUCUGAAAAUGUUGCUGCAGCAACUCCGACAAAGCCAGAAGGGGGGAUGCUGUCAGGGAUACUUAAGUUUGCAACUGGUGAAGAUGCCAACACCCCUCCAAAAAGUCCGUCCCCUACGCCAGCAAGGUCCCCCUCUCCAAAUCGCACUGCACAACUUGAAAAUCUACCAAAAGGAAACGCAGAAACCGGCUGGUUUUCCAACCUUUUCAAGGCGGCCCCAAGUGAACCAGCAAAGGAACCUGCAAAGAAAAUAAUCACUCCCACUGUGACACUAACCAAACCUAGUGGUCAAACUGAGACGCCUGCUGAACAGACGGUCCCCGAGGCCACAGAGAAGACUGUCCCCGAUGCAGAGGACUCUUCUCAGGAGCAAGCACCUGAAGCAGGUCUGAAAUCUGAAGCAGAAGUCACGUCUCAGGAGGAAGCUCCUUCCAAGCCAGCGGAGCAGCCGUCACAAGCAGACGCCCCGCAGCCUCAAGGACUUCUGAGUGGGUUGCUAAAACUGGGUUCAACUGAAGAUGUUUCAGCUGACAAGAAAACCCAGGGAGGGAGCAGUCAACCUCAACAGGGUGGUCUCUUCUCAGGUCUGUUCUCAUCACCUUCCCAGUCCUCUCCACAAACCCAACAGAACUCGGCCCAACAGCAGCCGGGAGGGCUGCUGUCUGGAUUUCUAAAAUUUGCCUCAGACACGGUCUCAGCUCCUACAAAUCAGUCGUCGUCAACGUCGCCAGGAGACCAAAAGGACCAAAUUCCAACUCAAGGUCAACCUGCUUCACAGCCGCCUGCAGGGGGACUCUUAUCCGGACUCUUGAAAAAGGCAGCGGAUACGGUAACUGUGUCUCAACCAGCUCAGCCCUGUCCAGAGCCACAGCCAGAAGUAACUGACCAAACAGAGAACAAAGAAACACCUGAACAAAGCUCCAGCCAAGGGACAGCUCCUGCGGCGGAGUCCAAGGGGCUUCUGGCGGGACUGCUGAAACUAGGUUCGACAGAAGGACCUCUCCCAGACAAAGUUCAAGCAGAACUGCAACAGAAGCAAUCUGCAGCCUCGGAUCAGCAACCAAAGCAACAAGAAAAACUACCCCCGAAAGGACCAACGCCAGCACCUCAGCCGAGUGGAUUAUUUGGAGGUUUGCUGAAACUCGCAGACCCUGCUCCCCAGCAAGUGCCUCCCAGUCAAGGAGGCUUCCUGUCUGGCCUGUUUGGAAUUGGGGGCCAAGACCCGCCACCUGCAAACCCUCCCCAGUCGUCACAAAACCAGCAGCAGGGCGUCAGAUCUGGAAACCAGCCUAAGCAGCAGUCAGGCAAUCGACAAAACCUUCAGCGGCAAAACCAAGUACCUCCUCAACAGCCCCCCAGCGGUCCUGGAGGGAUGCUCUCGGGUUUGUUUAACAAAAUAACUGAUGUGGCUCCUCCCCAGCCCACUGUGGGGGGUGAGCCAGCUCAGCAACAGGCACAAAAACCAGCACCCCAGCAACCCCCAAACCCACAGGGAGGCUUUCUGUCUGGGUUGUUUUCGACGGGCGCCACUCCUCCGGCGCAGCAGCAGCCACCGGGCAGUCAGCCAAACCAGCAGCAGACCCAGCAAGGUGGGAGACAACCUCUGCGGAGGCAAAACCAGAUACCGUCACAGCCUGCAGCGUCUGCACCAGAGCCGCAGCAGGGCGGUUUACUGUCAGGGCUUUUUAAUAAAUUGGCACCUAGUGAUAAUGCACCUCAACAGCAGAACACACAGGCUGGAAGUAAACCAGCUCAGCCUGCAGGUCAACAGUCAUCCCAAACCAGCCAGCAAGGAGGGUUUUUGUCUGGUCUGUUUGGACAGUCGUCCCCUCAGCAGCAACAGCAGCAGCCAAACAAAACGACGAGCAACCAGCAAACUGCAGCCCAGCAGCCCAGUCCGGGUGGAGGCCUGCUCUCAGGUAUUAUGAAGCUCGCUGCCGGUGACAACGCUCCUCAGGAGCAGCAAGCACCACAACCCGCUACGGUCAGGGAACCGGCUGUUAAACCAGCGCAAAAUCCACCCCAGCCGGAGUCGGGGGGAUUAUUUUCUGGUCUUUUGAGCAAAAUUUCAGCUACCGUGGAACCGCCGUUGUCAGCCACAGACCAGGCGGGUCCUCAGACAGCACAGCAGGAGCAGCCACCACGUGCCAGUCAGGGCCGACCACAGAUUCAGAGAACUAAACCGGUGGAGAAACUUUCCUCUCAGGAAGCAUCCGCAGAUAAAGACUCAAAAGGUCCGGCUCAAAAAGGUCUCCUAUCGGGUCUUUUUAGCGGCACAGAGGAGCCGCCGUCAAAGACGCAGCAACAACCCGCGGCCCAGCCUGGGAAGGAGGAAGCAAAAACCAGUACAGGGGCCACAUCUCCUGGUUUGUUAUCCAGCAUUUUCAAAACAGGCACUGAUGACAGCAUCACCACUGGGAAGGAAAAGGAAAAGAGCCCUAGUGAUCGUUUACUGCCAAAGAGUAAGGAGGACGCAUCUUCAAGUACAACAGCAACAACAACGCUCACAACCACAGCGGGCUCAGCUCAUCCAGCUGUUGAGACCCGUGAAGAACAUCCACAGUCUCAUGUUAAGCGGCUUCCUACAGUUUCCCCAACGCAGCAUUAUCUCGAGGAAAUUCAACGUCUGUUGUAUGGGACAUCAGGGGAGUAUGGCUACAGGGAUCUACUAUACAACUUCACGGAGCACGGCGUUAUUCCCCCGGAGCUGUAUGAAAACCAGUGUCUGAUAGAAGCUCUCCUGUGGCAACAACUCAAUGAUUAUGUCCUUGCUGAAGCCCUUGCCAAUCAAGUUCAGGAAGCCAACCAGGCGAGCCAAAGUCACAUACCACCCGCAGCAACAGCACCUCAGUGUCACGUCCAGCUAAAGCCUCAAGAAAUGAAUUUGACUGAUUUCAAUGUACCAUCGCAUCCUUGGAAAGAUGCCGCUGCCCAGCUCUUUGAGAGCAGAAACCGCUUUCUUGAGCCAGAUGAGGACGUUGUUUUGUUUGACAUGACCUGCAGAGACAAAAAACCCUGGAGUAGCUGUGACCAUCUGAACCAUCUCGAAGGCAACAGGAUGCCUUGGAUUGCCAGCGGGAGUGCUCUAAACCUGUCCACAGAAAAAACAAAACAGCGCUUUAGCCGGUGCCAGUCGCUCACUGAAUGCGGUGUGCAGGAUUUCAACAAAGUAGUGGAAAAAGGUGCUGCCAACCAUCAUUUAAGAGAGGAAGACUUUGAUCUUAAAUCAGCAACUGAGUUUUUAAAACAACUUGCCACAAAAAAGGGUCCAGUGGACCUGCGACAAGGUGCUCUGGAUUUAAGCAGGUUUGCAGGCGUUACAGGGGACGCAGCCGAAGAGACGAUAUUUGAUGAUACCGAGUGGUACCAGCAAUGGAUUUCACUGCUGGAACAAGGAAUGUGGUGGCCGGCUGAGGUGGGGGACUGUGGUUAUUAUGUUUACACAGAUCAAGACUACAUUUAUUCUCUUUUAACGGACAAAUCUGGUCGGCACCUGUACGCCUGUGCAACAGACGAGGAUAUGGAAGCUCUGGGAAAUAUCACAGAAAAUAUUGCUACCAUUCUGAAACAAAAGGAAGCCGAUAAAGUGACUCUUUGUGGCUUUAAAAUCCCCCUCAAUGAUGAGGGCAAAGGUUUCUGGGUUCCAGGCCGGGAGCAGAACAACAUCCUCUUACCUGAUGGACCGAUGGAUCUAACAUAUGCACUUAGAAAGGGUGAAAAAAUCAUGAACAUGAAUUUGGAAAGCUUUUCUCAGAUGUUUCAGGAGUCCGUAUCUCAUCAAGCUGAGCAAGCUGUAGACUUCACCUUGUACAAACUUAAGAAGAUAAAGGUUGAAUCGGUGCAAAAUGCUAACGGUUACUACGAGGAGACGCUGGAACCAGCUGAUUUUAGUUUGAAGUCUCUGAAAGGUGGACACGGAGGGCCGUACUGGAAGGAUCAGGGGCUAAACGAUGUGCUUGGACCAACAUCUGGGCCUUCUCCUGGGUUUCAUUCAACACAAAUCCCUCAAAACAGACGCUCACCAAUUCCUGAAAUCAGGAUUGCUCAUGUAGAUGAUACACACGUGGACCUAUCAAGACAAAAGCCAACCUCUUUACAUUCAGGAAUUGUUGGAAAGGCUGCAAGUAAAGUGGAAACACUGCCUUCAGCGUCUGUGACAUCAAAAUCAGUGUCCAACAAGCUUCCAGAAACUUCAAAAACUGUAUCUGGGACCCUUCCAGCUUCAAAAAUACCAUCGCCCAUACAGCCAGGAAAGAAACUGCCUGCCACGCCAACUGUUACUACAUCAGUCAGCACGGCUGCUCCUUCACCACAGGCAACGUCUGUCAGUAGUGCAGCUGUAACAUCCACCUCAAAUGUACCUUCUGCUUCAGGACGGAGAUCCCAGCUGUCAAGGCAGCCAUCUCAAGCAGAAAAACCUGGAGUAAUAUCACAAAUAAAUAAGAGCCCAGUCACAGGGAUAUGUAACAUUAGCAAAGAGAGCACCACCUCGACAGUGUGCCAAAUAUCCCCUCAGUCUUCAGAACAGUUGCCAAAGCCCUCAAAGGAAUUCACACCACAGUUACACAUCCUGAAUGACACUUCAGGUACUUAUAGCGAAGCCUACCUUUACAACAGAAACAAGAGCUCAUUUAUCUCUUCCUCGGGCUCACAAGCAACCAAUAAAGUCCUCGACUUUUCCUCCUCAAUGAACAAAAACAAAGACAUCAAACAAAAAAAUGAAGCUAAGACCGAUGUAGAGUCUACGAAAAGAAAUGAGAUUGUGGACUUUACAAAGUACAAGUUGAAAAGAUUCAAAGAGAAAAAGCAGACAGAUUCUAAGGCUAAUGUGAAAAUGACUGACAAGACUGCUGUAGAUCUUACGAAACAAGAUGAGGACGAGGACGUUGAAAUGCCAACUCCAGAAUAUCCCAGUGUGAGCUCAAUACGGGAAAGUCCAGUGGUCUCUCAGACUGACAAGGGUUGGACAACUGAUCCACAGAGGAGGAGACCAUCUCGGCCAGAAGUUAGAAUUGGCCAGUUACCUUCCUCCGAAGGUUCCUCAACAGGAACAGAGACGAAGCAAACUAAUUUCAAAUCCACUGGCAAGAACAAAGAAGAUAUUUCAAUCAAGCUAGCUGGUCCAUCUCCUGAACUACCGAAAGGUUUUGAUACCAAUGUUAUAUCAGGAACAACAAGCUCUAGAGUUACACCAACUAAUCUUGAUGACAGUCUCAAACAAACUAUAAAAACUGUGGCAACCCAAACUGUGGCAACCCAAACGGUGGCGACCCAGCCACUGUUGAGUCCUGUUAUGAGAAAGCAAGUGGACAUCAAGGAUCACCAACAGCUAAGUCCACCAGCAGUUACAAUUGGUCUUAUCCAGAGGACUCCUGGUCACACUCAGGCACCAGAAUCUAAACCGGUUUGGUCUCAAUCUCGUGAAAACGCUCAACAGUACCAGAAGACCACUGCGCCUGCAAACUUGAUUAAAGCAACAUUAGAUAUGUCUGUCAAGACGCCCACCCUGCAGACGCAACAAUCUGUUGUUCAGUCAAACGAUACCGCUUGCGAGGCAGUGUCACUGACAAGGAAGAAACCACUGCCUCUUGUGGAGACUGACAAAAUAUCUAGCCAUCAUGAAUCAAUUGACUUGACCUACCGGGCAGAGCCUCUGCCACAAAAUCCUGAGUGUAUUCAUUCAGCUCCUCUCCAGGAACCAGCUAUUUCAGUCAAGCUAGCUGGUCCAUCUCCUGAACUACCGAAAGGUUUUGAUACCAAUGUUAUAUCAGGAACAACAAGCUCUAGAGUUACACCAACUAAUCUGGAUGACAGUCUCAAACAAACUAUAAAAACUGUGGCAACCCAAACGGUGGCGACCCAGCCACUGUUGAGUCCUGUCAUGAGAAAGCAAGUGGACAUCCAGGAUCACCAACAGCUAAGUCCACCAGCAGUCACAACUGGUCUUAUCCAGAGGACUCCCGGUCACACUCAUGCACCAGAAGCUACACCGGUUUGCUCUCAAUCUCGUGAAAACGCUCAACAGUACCAGAAGACCACUGCGCCUGCAAACUUGAUUAAAGCAACAUUAGAUAUGUCUGUCAAGACGCCCACCCUGCAGACGCAACAAUCUGUUGUUCAGUCAAACGAUACCGCUUGCGAGGCAGUGUCACUGACAAGGAAGAAACCACUGCCUCUUGUGGAGACUGACAAAAUAUCUAGCCAUCGUGAAUCAAUUGACUUGACCUACCGCGUGGAGCCUCUGCCACAAAAUCCUGAGUGUAUUCAUUCAGCUCCUCUGCAGGAACCAGCUAUUUCAGUCAAGGCUGCACAAGACAUGACCUUUAAAUCCUCUGAUCCCUUGAAAGAAGGGGUUCUUAAUGUGGUUAUACCCUCUGAAAAAAUGCAUACACCUGUGAGUCCGCACCUUAAGGUAGAGAAUAGGCUUCAGUGCCACUCGGAGUCUGGUCCGGAUCAACGACAGCCUUGGCAGAGCAAAUCCGGGGUCUUAAUCCUGUCAAAUCAAUCUAUUUUACCUCCGUCAGUAACAAAACAAGAACUUGAGACUUCCACAUCCAUAAAGCAUACCACUGCCACAGUGUUGGAUAUGUCACCCAAGCCAUCUCAAGCCACUCCAGCUACAACAGUGCAUGAAAAUGAGUGUACUCCAGAUCAAGCAAUUUCACUUAUUAAUAAGCCAAGAAAAGGAAUAGUUGCCAGGAGCGAAUCUGUCGGUCUUUCGCUGAUAGUUGAACCCUCUCCAGUAGAGUUAACGAACCAAAUGCAAUCUAAAAAUGUGGUCCCAGUGCAAGAACAGCAAAUCACAGACAGAAAAACUACCCCUGUUGUGCAGCAGCCACUUCCCAGCUACAUGGCAGCUCAGCGUUCUAGUGUGCCUCAGUCCAGUUCCCAGUUGCAUGUACUCAAUACGUCUCCAGCAAACUCUGUGAAAGGCACAUUAGAUAUGUCAAUGAAGGCAUGCAAAACUGAUGUGGUGGCACACUACACUGAUCCAGUUUCCCUGGUAAGUUCAAGACGAUCAAGUGUAACAUAUUCCCAAGAUGAUUCUGCCGGUGUCCCAUUAAUUGUGGUGAUGCAGCAACCCCAGCAGCAGUCUAAAAGGCAACAGCCCACAGUGGUAGAAUCACAGAAACAGAUCCAAAAGGUGUUUGUACAAACUGGAUGUCGAGAAACAUCUGCACCUGCCAAUGCCGUCAAGGGUUUCUUAGACAUGUCUCCAAAAUCCCAACAGAAACAGUCUGAAACAACUGCUGUUGUCCCGCCAGCUGGAAUUGUGCCGCUGGUCAAAAACAAGACAACAGUGUUUAGAAAUGACUCUGCUGGUGUACCGCUGAUAGUGGAGCAACCUACAUGUCAACAAAGUAGACGAGUUUUGAGCGGAGUCAACACAAAUGAAACGUUGCAUAGACGGAUAUCCACCUGUCACUUCAAUGGAGAGUUUUCUCAGAAAAACACGACCUACAAGGACCCGCAGCAACAAAAUAUGCCAGUGGACUUCUCAGCAAAAGACAGCCCUACUACAACCAAUCUAUUAAGCAGUCAGAUUGAACAAAAGAAUGGCGAGCCCAUGAACUUUACAAAUAAAAAUGCAAAGAAAGAAACCUCUGAGAGAAGGCCAACUGAAAGACAGUUGGAAAAGAAAAAGGUUGUGGGUAUUGUUGACCUAACCAUGGAUCUUCAAAGCAAAACACCAGUGGUAGAGGAUCAAGUUGCAAAGGAUUUUACCUUGCAUUAUGUUUCUAUACCAGGUCAGUACACUGUGUACAGUCAGCAACAGUAUAUACCAGCAAAGGAGGUGAGCAAUGACAUAUUUCCUCAAACUAAUAAGUCAUUGAAAUAUGGGGAAUAUUCUUCUGAUGAAUGGAGUAGCAUCCAGCCUGAAAUACAUUACAGAACAAGGUCAGAAACAGGAUUAAACACCGAGCCAAUGACCUUUUCAUCUUUAACUAUGAUUCCUGUCGAUACGAGGAUGCAGCCUCUUCAGCAUCCUGCUGCCCAAACUACACGUGACAGGAGAUUUAGCCAGCCGUCACUUAGCCUUGCAUAUCAACAGGAAUCCAAGACACCUGAACAGAUGUCUCCAACACCUCAGCUGCACACGCAGCCUUUAGUUACCCAACAGCAAUACCAGCAUCCUGGUGUAGAAAUUGGUACAACUUCAUCUGAUGCGAGUUAUUGGCCAAAAGCUCACCAACUAGAAAAACAAGACAUGAGUGUUAACAUGACCCACAGACCCAAAAUUCUGAUAAAGCAGGCAACCGUGGACAGCUAUGGGAGUUAUGAGGAGUGUGAAGAAAGUGGAACGAUAAGUAGAAUGCCAUGGUCUUCCCCUCAAACUACCCACCAAGUGUACCGUGGAAUCCAAACUGUUCCCGCCUCAGUUGGUUCAGUUAUUCAGCAAACACAUGGCGGCCAAAGAACUGAUUCUCCUCUGCCACCUAGAGUAACAGAACCUGUACUGAGUGCUGCUCCAUAUCAUCCAGAAGGACCUCACCACAUCUCAAAACAACCUGAUUUAAGCCAAAGCUAUGUGUCUGUCCAGCAUUAUCACACUCCAUCCGUACCGCCAAGUACCAUUCCUUCAGUUCAGCAUGCAUCCCCAGUUAGCACAGUUACAUCACAAGCCACCACAAGUCACUACCCAGUGCCUGUAUUACAAGUAAAAAGUAGUCUUCAGAGGCAGGACUUUGGAGUUGAAUCACAAGGACCGCAGGUACCUUUAGCACCAGCAGGAGGGACCACUGUUAAGGGCUUGAUUUCAUUGUUUAGUGGUUCAGAGUCACACCCGGCUGUCAGAACAACAACACCUACUAUUGUAUCUCACCAAAUCGAGACUGUGCCUAAACCACAAGUCCAUUGUUCACAAGUAACUCCACUGCAGUUGUCUGCCAUUAAACAAGAGGCAGUCGUCCCCAUUACCCACGUUUCUAGAAUGGUAGAGACGAAUACCUCAACUUCUUCUCUUUCCCACGAGUAUCAGCAACCACAGGCAACAUUAAAUGCAAGCCCACUAAUGGAAACUGUGGAGAUAGCAGACAAAGAAUUGCCUCUUCCUCAGACUUUACCAGUUAAACUACCAUAUAUCAUGCCACAUGGAGGAAUUCAAAGUGUUGUAGGUUCAGGUGAACCUUUGCAAACAUUAACUGACUUCACAUCAAAGGAAAUUGCUGAGGAGACUCCUGUUGUCACAAAAGUGUCAGAACCAGACAGGUCACAACAGCAAAGUGAAGAAGAGACUAAACAACCUAUGUCCACCGAGUCUGCUGAUGUCACUGCCAGAAUUGGUGAAUUUUCUUCUGUCGCCACCCCACAACAGCCAAGGUCAAUCUACAUUAGUAUUAAUUCCCCAGAAGCCCCACUUUAUGGUACAGAAAAUGAACCAGGUGAGCAAACACCUUAUGUUAGAUUGCCCCAUAUUUUUGUCUCAGCAGCAAGUUCACCAGAAGAAGAGAGAAAUGACCUUGAAGUCAGUGAAUCUAGCAAACCUGAUUUGCAAGAGACUGGUGUCUCUGAAGAAACCAUUCCAAGUGCAUUCACACCUUCGGACUCUAACGAGAUUUUACUUGAUGGCACUGCUGCACAAUGUGAUACCUCUCUAAAAAAUAGCAGCAUCAAAGCAUCUAUUGGUGCUCCUGGUGAAGAUGAUAAAACCUUCCCUCCAGAGUCGCCACUUACCCCAGAGUCGCCACUUACCCCAGAGUCGCCACUUACCCCAGAGUCGCCACUUACCCCAGAGUCGCCACUUACCCCAGAGUCGCCACUUACCCCAGAGUCGCCACUUACCCCAGAGUUGCCACUUACCCCAGAGUCGCCACUUACCCCACAGUCGCCACUUACCCCACAGUCGCCACUUACCCCACAGUCGCCACUUGUCCCAGAGUCGCCACUUGUCCAAGAGUCGCCACUUGUCCAAGAGUCGCCACUUGUCCAAGAGUCGCCACUUGUCCAAGAGUCACCACUUGUCCAAGAGUCGCCACUUGUCCUAGAGUCGCCACUUGUCCAAGAGUCGCCACUUGUCCAAGAGUCGCCACUUGUCCAAGAGUCGCCACUUACCCCAGAGUCGCCACUUACCCCAGAGUCGUCACUUACACCAAAUACAGCAGAUAAUAUACAGGAAAAUGAACAACACUUGCAGGACAUCCUGACUGAGAAAAGUUCAACUAUAGAAGCUACCAUCUCAGAGGCUGAGGCUGAGGAAGUUACGUCAAAGAUUACAGAGGUUCCUGAGCCACAACUUCAGCUGACCCUCACAGACACAGAGCCAACGGCAGACAUAACACCACUUGAAGAAGUUAAACCCCUCAGUGAGCUGGUCUGCCAGCCUGAAAGCACAAGUUCAAUAGAACCACCAAAAGCUGUAGAAGUACUUCAAGAAUCAGGUCACAAGGAUGAAAGCAAAUCUUCACAGAUUGUAUUGCCUGAAGAAGAUCAAUGUCUUAAACAAUCAUCACUUAAAGAGGAAUCCUCGGCUUCAGAUGUUGAAUUGUCUCGAGAUGUUCAAGAGAUUCAAGAAAAACCUGAAAAGGAUAUCAUCACUCAAACGGCACCUGAGUCCAGUGCCAUCAACCUGCCCAAAGAGGAAACUAAUGUAAUCAAGGAAGAUAGUUCUGCUAUCAAGAGUGAUCAACCUGAGGGUGACUCAUCCAGUAAGCAAGCAGAAAAAGGUAUAUUUUCUCUGUUCAGUGGCUCUACACCAACCCCACAACAAGCACCUUCACAAACUGGAUUAUCAAUUCUUGGUGGCAUUCUACCUGGCUCAUCUACCAAAGAGACUUCUGGGACAGGGUUGCUCUCAAUGUUUAGUGGGUCAAAUGCCUCUUCUUCACCUGAGUCGAAGGACACAACGCCACUGUCAGCCCCACAGGAGCCGCAGGGAAAAGGUCUCUUCUCUAUGUUUGGUGGUUCAAUUAGUCAGCCUCCUUUUGGCCCAAGAGGUCCACCUGCUGGGGCUGUGCAACCCAGAGGCCCUCCACCCAAAGAACCUCUUGGCCCAAGGGGUCCAACUCCUAGAGGUGUGCAACUUAGGGGCCCUCCUCCUAAAGAACUGCAUGGCCCAAGGGGACCAACUCCUGCAGGUGUGCAACCUAGAGGCCCUCCACCCAAAGAAUCUCCUGGAAAAGGCCUGUUUUCAAUGUUUGGUGGAUCUGCACCUCAACAACCACCCACUGCUAAAGGUAAUCUUGGGGGUGAUACCUCACCAAGAGGGCCAUCCACUGGAUCUUCUCUAUUUGGUGGCAUCCUAUCAGGUUCUGCAGCUCAAAAAGAUUCCCCGGGCACUGGUUUGUUUUCCAAGUUUGGUGGUCUUGGUACCCAGCAGCAAACAGGGCCUAAAAUACAUCCACCUGGGCCAACUGUUACAUCACCAAAACCCAGUGGUCCAGAGAUCUCAGGGAAAGGACUGCUUUCCAUGUUUGGCGGGACAAAUCAGCAAACAUCAGAAGCCCCAUCCACAGUUUCUAAUCAACCUGAAUCUGAGGGUGGUUUUAAAGUUUCCUCUGUGUUUUCACUUGGUGGGAAUUCUGAAAGUAACAAAUCUAAAUCUGGGUUUGGCCUCUUCGGUAUGUCUUUCUUGGAGGAAACCAAACCAGAGCCAGAACAGCAGAAACCCACCGAAACCAAAGAAACAAAGGAUGAUCAUGUUGAAGCCAUUAAAACUAUACCACCUGAGCCUCUUUCUUCAUCAUCGGGUAAGGAGGAACCUCAAGAACAGCAGACUUUUAGAGAUGUCCAAGACCCAACCAAAGAUGUCACUAAAAAUGGUGCAGAAUGCUCUGUUUCCCAAACGGAACCUUGUAUUGGUGUGGAAAAAGAUGGCACAGUGCAACAAAAUGCCUCAAUGAUAGCGGAAACCCCCAUCAGAGAUGCAUCAGAUAUGACUGUUAAUUUGCAAGAGAAAGUGACAGUCGUGGAGCAGCAAGAUGAUGCAGUUCAGUCCAGCAUUGCAGAAACUGAUACUUUAGGAAUGAAGGCUACAGAUGAAAAAACUGACAAGGAUGGUAUCAAAAGCCCAACAGACAAAUAUGACACUAUUCAAAUGGCAUCUUUGAAAGAAGAACCCACAAGCUCUGAUGUGGUUAUAGAGGAACAAGUAAAAGCUGUUGUUGAAGGGGAGGUACUGCCUUCUGAAAAACAAACUGAUGAGACUUUGAAAGUUACUGAUCAAGAACAAACUGCAACAGCCAUUGCUGAAAAACCAUCAACGGAGGAAAUGAAAGUUGCUACUGAAGAACAUCCUGCAGUUGCUGAUGUUGAAAAAUCCCCCGAGGUGGCUUUGGAAGCUGCUAGUGCAGAACAACCAAUGGUUGAUGCUGAAAAAUUGCCAAAGGAGGCUUCAAGAGUUGCUAGUGAAGAAAAACCACCUGUUGCUGAUGUUGAAAAUUCAUCUGCUGAGACUUUGAUAGCUGAUGGUAAAGAACAAACUGCAAUUGCAAGUGUAGAAAAUUUAGCCAAAGACACAUCUGUGAUUGAUGCAGUCAGAGAAACAUCAGAGAAACGUCCUGCAGAAUCUGUGGAGAGUACAGUUAGUGUAGUUUCAGAAUCAGAAAUCUCAACUGAAAAAGAUUUGAAAGUCUUACCUGAAUCGGCAGAGAAGCCAACUGAAGUAACAGACAAGGCUACUGCAGAAUCUGUACAGGAAUUAGAUAAAACAUCUGAAGGUGGUACUGUUCUUGCUGUGGUCUCACCUUUAACCGAAGAACAAAUAACUGGGAGCAGCCCAUUAGCUCCUGCUGGUCCUCCUAUACAGCAACAGCCCAGACCAGGCAUGGCCAGACCUCCUGGUCCACCUGGACAAAGAAUGGGAGCACCAAGGAUGGGUGGACCAAGGAUGGGUGGACCAAGAAUGGCUGGACCAAGGAUGGCUGGACCAAGGAUGGCUGGACCAAGACAACAAGUACCACAAAAACCACCGGAACCAGCUCCAUUUUCUGGCUUUAUGUCAAUGUUCUCAACCCCAAGUGCACCAAGUAAAACAUCAGCUGUUGGUGGCUUUUUCUCUAGUUCACCAGGAUCACUUUUUGGAUCAUCACCUGCUCCUCGUCAGCCACAACAACAACAACAACAACAACAACAACAACAACAACAACAACAACAACAACAGAAGAGCUCAUUUUUUGGCCUUCCCAGUAGCAUUGCGUCAGAAUCCCUUACCAAUGACCUAUUUGGUAUGUUCAAAGGUCCCGAGACGACAAAAUCUGAGGAAUCUCAACAAUCUGUUGAGGUUCCAGAGUCUAAACAAGGGGAUCCCCCAGAAAAUGUGACAAACUCUGAAAUCAUAGAGAAGUCAAAUGCUGAAAGUGAACCCACAAUUGGAGAUGUUAAAACUACAGAGGACUCUGAGCUACCUGAAAAAGGACUUGUGGAGGAGGCAGAACAAAAAGACAAAACAGAGGCAGAAGAAAGUUCUCAACCUGAAUGUGUAGAAAAAACUCCCAGCUCUGUCAAAGAAGGAGGAGAUGAUGACCAUGCUGAGGAUUCAGAAAAAACAGUUAGUGAUGUGUCUGACAAAGCUGCACCACCCACAACUAAUACAGCUGACACCAAGGGCGUAUUUGACAUACCAGGUCUGACUACACCUAAAUUCGGCUUUAUGUCUGCAGCCGCAGAAGGCGCAUCAUCUUUUGGAUCUCUUUUCUCCACCACAGCACCUCCAGCCACUGCUGUCAAGACUCCACAGCCACAACAGCCAGAGAGUGGUCUCUUUUCAGGUUUUAAAAACCUUUCAGCUGGUAUUUUCCAGGAUGAAAAGCCAGCUGGAAAGGAGGAAGCAUCACCUGCUUCAUCUAUGUUUGGCGUGAAACUGAGCUCAAUGUUUGGAAGCCCAGACUCUCCCAAACCUGAAUCCACACCUACCGUGGUCACAUCCCAGCCCCCGCCUGAAAGUCCAAAACCUGUAGAUGAAUUUGAAGAGCCAGAAUCUGACAAACCUUCCCCGGGUUCUGGAAGAACUGAAAGUCCAGAUGCUAGUGAUACAGAAGGGCCAACAGAGACAUCUAAAACAGGAAGCUGUGAUACCUUAGCACAAACACCACAGUCAGGCUUCCCUUCCCAAUCAGGGUCCCUAACAGAAAGUUUGGAUAAACCUCAGUUAACCGUCACCCCAUGUGAGUUAGACAGGAGCAAAGAUCACACACCUGACACCACGCAUGCAGAUGUGGGAACAGAUCAACCAAAGGAUCUACUGACAAAGGAAGCUUCAAAAAGUCCACCGGACAGCAGUCACUUGGACUCCUCAGGGAACAUGAGCCCCGUCAGCUCCCAGCUGAGCUCCGAGCCGGACGAGCGGCGGCACCCAGAGCCGUGUCCCCCGGCGGACCCUCGCCCUCCUCUCCGAACCCAGUCGUCCAGCUGGAUCGAGGACGAGGAGGUUGAGAAAGAGGUGCAUGCUCCGCCCGAGCCUGGUUCCAACAAGGAUUUGAAGGAGUCUGCAGACAUCCUUCCCAAGCCAAGCUUCAAAGAGCGGGACGGCAAGAGUCCAGACAACACCUGCAGUUUCUUCGGGGACGGCCCUCCACCCUGCUCUCCGUCUAAAGUUCGCUGGCUGAAGGCGUACAACAAAGUGAGAGUGAAGCUGCUUGAGAGUCGAGAUACAGACGGUGGACCCAGCAAACACCCGUGGGCCAAGCCAGGGGGAAAUGCACCGUUCGGUAUCGACAGCAUGCCAGACCUCCGCAAGAGGAGGCCCAUUCCCCUCGUUAGUGAGCUGGUGAGUACACACGUCAUUAUUUAAAUCGGA